AUGCCAGAAACAUCAUCUACAACAUCAACAAAAUGUCCAAAUUCUAUCAAAAUUGGUCCUAAGAUGUUCUCAACACAAUUUGUCCUAAUUUUUUCUGUCCUUCUAUCCCUUCCUAUCCUUUUUCUUUUAGCCCCACGAAUUUUCCCUCCUCAUAACCCUUCCAUCCCUAUCUCCCCUUCCGAUGAACAAGAUGACCUUUACCUCUUCCGCAAAGCCGCAGCCUCCGCCUCUUCCUUCCACCCUUCCUCCUCCCUCACCCAUUACCCUUCCGCCCAUUCUCAUUUCACCUCCAAAUCUAAAAAACUCAAAAUCGCCUUCCUUUUCUUGACCAAUACAGAUCUCUUUUUCGCCCCUUUAUGGGAACAGUUCUUCAAAUCCGCGGAUAAAAACCUCUUCAACAUUUACGUCCACGCCGAUCCUCACUCCAAUGUUACAAAACCCGAAGGGAUUUUUUAUUCCCAAUUCAUCCCUGACGCGAAGCGCACUUAUCGUGCCUCCCCCACCUUGAUCUCCGCCACUCGCCGCCUCCUCGCCACCGCCAUCCUCGACGACCCAGCCAACGCCUUCUUCGCCGUCCUCUCCCAGUACUGCAUCCCUCUGCAUUCCUUCAAAUACGUCUACAAUUCGUUGGUUACUUCCAAAUCUUUCGAUUUGUCUUCCCCCGAGUCAGACCCUGAGUCGACUCAGUAUAAUGUGAAAAUCGAGCACAAGAGUUUCAUCGAGGUUAUAUCGAAGGAGCGGCGGUUAUGGAAAAGAUAUGUGGCCAGGGGAAGGUAUGCGAUGAUGCCAGAGGUGCCUUUCGAGAAAUUCCGCGUUGGGUCUCAGUUUUUUGUUCUCACGCGCCGACACGCGCUCGUGGUGAUUGAGGAUCGGAGGCUGUGGAACAAGUUCAAGCUGCCGUGUUAUCGAGAAGAUGAAUGUUUCCCAGAAGAACAUUAUUUUCCUACGUUGUUGUCAAUGCAGGAUCCGAAGGGCUGUACUCGGUAUACAUUAACAAGGGUUAAUUGGACAGGAACUAGAAAUGGGCAUCCUUAUACUUAUAAGGCUGCUGAGAUUUCUCCGAUUUUAAUUCAGGAGCUGAGGAAAUCCAAUUAUUCGAGUUCGUAUUUGUUUGCGAGGAAAUUCGAACCGAAUUGCUUGAAACCUUUGAUGAAAAUUGCAGAUAAAGUCAUUUUCCGGGACUAA